UAACCUAGUUUUUUAAUUGUUAUCAUUACAAUAAAUUGCAAUAAUAAUACAAAAAUAUACAAAAAUAAAUAUCAGCUUAAAUAAUAAUAUUUAACGGUACUUUCGAUAGAGAAAAAGAAAAAUUUGUGACACUAGUAACUGUACAGACGACAAAAUGAAAGCAGAGUUGAGAUUAAUUCGUUCAUUAAUGCAUGGUAUUCGUUCAACAACCAAAGAAUCACAUGCCAAAGACAAUAUUAUGGUACGAUAUAUUAUGGAGCAGGCAAGAGCUCAUAAAGAGACAUCAGAAACUCUUUGCAAAGCUCGUGAAGAACUUACACAUUUGGCAGAUACAUACAACUUUUAUCUUGGUUCACAAAAACUUUAUAAUGACAUUAUUAUAAAUUAUGGUGGAAAAGGAGAGCGAAGUGUACGUGAAACUGCUGAUCUUGUUGGUUUUAAGCUUCCACAUGAUCCUCAAUAAAAAUUAUUUUUUUAAUAAUUAUUAUUAUAGUAAUAACAUGUUAAUAUUAGGUAAUUAAAUAUUCUUUAACUUGAAAUUUUUCUACAUAUUUUUCUUUAUUUAAAAGCAAAAUCUAUAACUUACCUUGAACAACUUGAAUUUAAUGCAUAUUUCAUUUUUUUUAACUAAAAAUAACAGAGCA